UUAGUCAGUUUAGCAGGCUUAGCAGUGACAUUACAUCGUGCAAACGUUUCGCUCUGUAACACAGAAAUAAAUAAAUAAAAUGCGAGCUUAUUGAAUCAUUUUCUGGAUUUCUGGUUUUGAAUUCUGUGAAAAUAUGGAAAGUGGUGUUAAUACAACAAUGGAUGAAAGUCCAGCCGUCAAUACUGAUGCUAAAGGUUCUGCACAGCCACAGGAAUUAGACAAACAUUCCGAGAUAAUUUCAUUAUCCGAAAAUUCCAACAAUGAAAAUCGUGAAAAGGAAUUGCUGGAACGCGGUGAAGUGAACGAUGUAAAUGCAUCAACAUCUGCGGAUGGUGUGUCUCACGGAUAUGAGAAAGAUAUUACCUACAAUGAAAAAGGACAGGCAAUUUACACAGACCCGACGACGAAAUGUCAAUACGAAUUUGACACGGUAAAGAAUGAAUGGUUGCCGAUCAAGGAAGGUAGCAAUGCCAAUGCAACUGGUGAGACUAGUCAAACGGAAGCCGUCAACAGCAGCAAUCCCUAUGAGAACGAACACUACAGAUGGUGUACCGAAACGAACCAAUGGAUAGCGAAAGAAAAUCAGAAUGUUUUAGAAAAUGAGUUUUACAAAUGGGAUUCGGUUCAAAAUCAAUGGAUUCCGAAGACACAGGGUAGUGAAGUCAGUACAAACAUUGUCGAUGGAGUGCACACGUACACGGAUAAAGAUGGAGCAACAUUUUUCUGGGACGACAAGAAAAACGCUUGGUUUCCAAAAAUUGAUGACGAUUUCAUGGCGAUAUACCAGAUGAGCUAUGGCUUCGUUGACAAUACCUCAGGUACUUCAAAUGACGUAUGUAAAGAAGAUGAGGUCGCAAAAGGAAAGGACGUUGUUGAAGAAGAAAGUAAAAACGGAGAGAAGGAAACGAAAUCAUCGAAUAAGCGAAAAAAUCAAGCGGAAUCGCAGCAAUGGUUCGAGCUUCCACCAGAGCAGAAUACGAAGGUAUAUGUCUCCAACCUACCAGAUGACAUCACAGAAGAGGAAUUCACCGAAUUGAUGUCGAAAUGCGGCAUGAUAUUCCGUGAUCCCGGCUCGAAUAAGCUGAAAGUUAAACUAUAUGCUGAAGCUGAUGGUCAACUGAAAGGAGAUGGACUGUGUCAUUACAUUCGUGUUGAAUCUGUUGAUCUCGCCUUAAACCUCCUUGACGGUUCUGAUGUUCGCGGUAAGAAAAUCAAAGUACAACGUGCCAAAUUCGAGAUGCGUGGCCAAUACAAUCCGACGUUAAAGCCGAAAAAGAAAAAGAAGGACAAAGAAAAGUUGAAAAAGAUGCAAGAGAAAUUAUUGGAUUGGCGACCGGAACAAAUGAGAGGUGAACGACCCAAGCAUGAACGAAUUGUGAUCAUAAAAAAUUUAUUUACGCCAGAGCUGUUCGACACGGAGGUGCAUUUGAUCAUCGAUUAUCAGCGGGACUUAAGGGAGGAGUGCAGUAAAUGCGGCAAAGUGUCCAAAGUGGUGAUAUUCGAUAGACAUCCGGAAGGUGUAGCUCAAAUAAAUAUGGGUGAUGCAGAAGAGGCGGAUUUGGUUGUGCAGAUGAUGGACAAGCGUUAUUUCGGUAAAAGGCAACUGACCGCAGAACUGUAUGAUGGUAAAACCAAUUACAAAGUCAAUGAAACGAAAGAGGAAAUGGAAAAACGUCUUUCCAAAUGGGACCAAUUUUUGGACGACGAAGAAAAGAAAGAAAAAAUUGUUGCUGAAUCGAACGUAGAUUCCCUGGAUGAUGAGUAAAUAAAAGUUAAUUUGUCUA